AUGUGCCCAGGUCGUGUGAUAAGCAAGCUGCUCUGCUCCGGGGAGAAGGAGGUUGACCUGGCAGUGCAGAGUGCCAAAGCUGCCUUUCAAAUCUGGGGCCAGAUGUCGGGCAUGGAGAGGAGCAGGGUGUUGCUGGAGGCUGCCAGAAUCAUUCGGGAGCAGAGAGAUGAAAUUGCCACCUUGGAAACCAUCAACAAUGGGAAAUCCAUCUUUGAAGCCAGAGUGGACAUUGAUGUGUCCUGGCAGUGCCUGGAGUAUUAUGCAGGACUGGCAGGAUCUCUUGCUGGUGAACACAUCCAACUUCCUGGAGGAUCCUUUGGGUACACUCGGAGAGAGCCCCUUGGGGUGUGUGUUGGGAUUGGAGCCUGGAAUUACCCUUUCCAGACUGCCUUAUGGAAGGCUGCCCCAGCCCUGGCUUGUGGCAAUGCGAUGGUCUACAAGCCCUCUCCCUUCACCCCACUUUCAGUGGUGAGGUUGGCAGAGAUCUUCACAGAGGCUGGUGUACCCAAGGGGCUCUUCAAUGUGGUGCAGGGUGGGGCAGCCACAGGCCAGCUCCUCUGUCAUCACCCAGAUGUGGCCAAAAUCUCUUUUACUGGCAGUGUGCCAACUGGCAUCAAGAUCAUGGAGAUGGCAUCUAAAGGGAUCAAACCAGUUACCCUGGAAUUGGGGGGCAAAUCCCCCCUUAUCAUCUUUUCUGACUGUGACUUUGAGAAUGCUGUGAAGGGAGCCCUGAUGGCAAACUUCCUCACGCAGGGCGAGGUGUGCUGCAAUGGCACACGUGUGUUUGUGGAGAGGAAGAUCCUGGAUGCCUUCACAAAGGAGGUGGUGAAACGCACCCAGAAGAUCAGGAUCGGGGACCCGCUCCUGGAGGACACGCGGAUGGGAGCCCUGAUCAACCGGCCCCACCUGGAGCGUGUCCAGGGCUUUAUCAAGCAGGCAAAGGAGCAGGGGGCAAAGGUGCUGUGUGGUGGGGACCUGUUUGUGCCAGAUGACCCGAAGCUAAAGAAUGGCUACUACAUGCAACCCUGUGUGUUAGGGAACUGCACGGAUGACAUGACCUGUGUGAAGGAAGAGAUCUUUGGGCCUGUCAUGUCCAUUCUGCCGUUUGACACAGAGGAGGAGGCUGUGGAGAGAGCCAACACCACCAAAUAUGGCCUGGCAGGUGGUGUCUUUACCAGGGAUAUCCAGAAGGCUCAUAGGGUGGUGGCUGCUCUCAAGGCUGGGAUGUGCUUCAUUAACAACUACAACGUCAGCCCUGUGGAGCUGCCUUUUGGAGGAUACAAGGCAUCAGGAUUUGGCAGGGAGAACGGGCGGGCAGCCAUAGAGUGCUACUCACAGCUGAAAACUGUCUGUGUGGAGAUGGGGGAUGUGGAAUCUGUGUUUUAGUGGCUCUUUCAGGAGCAUCAGCUAGUUGUUGCCUGUCAGCCAGAGAUGUGGAUCAUUUACACAGCAAUAAAGUGCUCUGAAAUUGUAAGUGCCUGCAGGGGAGCAUUGCUGAAGCAGCAUUUAUCCACCCUGCUCCUGCAAGGGGAAAUGUACACACGAGGCUUAGGCUGGGGCCUGCUCUG